GAACGAUGAUCCUCUGGCGCCCGAGACCAACCUUAUGAAAGAAGAGCUGGCCAAGGUGAACAGGAGAGGGAUCCUGACCAUCAAUUCCCAGCCGAACAUCAACGGCAAGCCCUCCACCGACCCGAUUGUGGGCUGGGGUCCCGACGGAGGCUACGUCUUCCAAAAGGCUUACCUGGAGUUCUUCACCUCCAGCGAGAACGUCAGAGCCCUCCAAACAGUGUUGAAGAACUACGGCCAGCGAGUGAAUUACCACAUUGUCAAUGUCAAGGUGCGUCCUUCCUCAGUGCCAGAUUACCAAACAGACAGACUGGGCACUGGCCUACGAGCCUAGGGGCCCCUCAACAACGGAUCAAAAUAAUAUUGAUUGGCAUGGUUGGCCAAUUGGUGUCAAGGAAGGACAGGAUGUUUUUUAUGUAUGCUACCACAGCAGCAAG